AUGGCUCCUUACUCCGAGGUGCUCGUCUACCUCUGUGGUCCUGCUCGCAGUGCUCUCGCACUGCGAAUUGGGCUUGCCGUAUCACGUGUCUUUGCGGUGCUGCUGCUCCUGCGCGUGUGGUUCAGGCAGCCCGCAAAAGUGAGAAAGAGUGGGGGCAUCGCAGCGGCCAACCCCAUCUGCACCUCGGGCGCUAAGGGAAGGUGGGCUGAUGGCGGCCCGUCGACCCCCGACCUGGUCGCCACCAUCACCGCGGCGCUCGAAAGGAAGUUCGAUCAGAAGUUCAAGUCGCUCAAGGACCCGAAGACUGGACAGGCUGCUGGCCAGGCUCCUCCGCCUACUGCUGGCGACGCUGCUGCUGGUGAUGAUGAGCAGUCGCAGCGUGGAGCGCGAAUCGAGUCCCUUGAGAAGGCACUCCGACAGAUUGGCGACGUCGCCGGCGAUGAUCCAGCCAAGCAGUGCUUCGAGUCUCAACUUCGAGACGCUCGCAAGGCACAGAGAGAUGCCAAACCCGUGUCGCAGCAGCGCACCAAUGUGGCCUUCCGCUUGCAGACUGCGCAGAAGAAGCAGUCCAAGGCUGGCGAGGCUGUCGCUGCCCAGCAGAAGCUCAUCGAGGAAGCCCAACGCUCGCUUCAUGAGUUCGAGCUGCACCCAGAGCUCCUGGAGGCAGAGGGUAAUGCUGACGUUAAGGAGGUCAUGUCCAUCCCCAUCUUCGCCAAGUACCAGCAGCUGUUCAAGGGGCAGCAGCAGGACAGCAAGGUGCUGCAGGUGGAGCUGCUGAUGCACCAAU